AUGCAGCUGCUCACGCCGACUCAUGUCCGGAAGUUCCGCGCAUGGCUCGAAAACGACAAGCGGCAUCGAAAAGACCUUGCGCUGUCCAUCAAGUCCCUCCGCUUCUGGCCGGGGUCGAACAUAGCCUUUCACAGCGGAGACGGAACGAUGCGGGAACUCCAGGAAAUGGUUGCGGAAAUCAUCUCCGCGGCGCGGAAUCUCCGGGCCCUCGAUCUCAAUCCUUUUCUCCUUUUCUACCGCAACACAUGCGUUGGUGCAUCAAUCGCUACGCUGAAGCAUCUGGUCAGGCUGCAUCUCCGAACCUACGACGAUGCUGCGCUAGCGGUGCUAUGUACAAUAGAGUCUCCUUUACGACAUCUCCAGUUGUCCGUUGACGGCUACCUGCUCGCCAUGCAGGUGCAAACACCCCGCCUCCAAGGGGUCCUGUCCGCAAUAUCUCAUCUCCGCAACUCUCUGCGUACGCUGGAAGUCUUUGCCAACCUCCCCGACGUCCCCGCUUCGACGGCUGCAUCAGAAUGUGUCCCUUUCCCUGCCAUCCGCAUCCUCAGGCUAAUCCACCCAACGAGCAUUCCCUUCGAUCUCUACCCUCUCUUUCCUGCCGCAGAGAUCAUCAAGACAUCUUCGGAACACACUGUCCAACCUCGGAAUGAGGAUAAUGCGGUACUACUGCGGAGACUCAAGCAUCUCGAGGCACACCCUUCCGAGGUCCUCAAUCACUCCAAACGUUUUCCACGGGUCUCGUACCUCCGCCUCCUCGGAGGCGUGGUGAAAAUCAUGGCGGACGGUCGACUCCGAGAACUUGUGGAUGCUAUCCGCUGCAUAGACCCUGUUGGCUUGUGCUUCGUCGUCGACAUUCCACUCAUAGGGAAAGAUUUCUGGGCGGGCAUCGGGCGGGCUGCACCGACGCUCCGGUGCCUCAUGCUCAUUUUCCGCGUAACGCCGCUCACAAUGUUCUCUGCCAUGGAUACACUCGAGUCCGACUCCGCCACAAUCUUCUUGUCGCACAUCCUGAGAGAGCUGAUGGCCUGCGCGGACAAGCUUCCGCCUCUGGUCAGCCUCUCGAUCGUAGUCGAGCACCAAAACUAUCGCAUCAGGACCGCCUUCGACCAGCUACGCGCCAUCGACGUAAAUGGUUCCGUUCCUGCCCAUCUCAGCCCGAUCACGCACAUCAUACACGCUUUUGCUCACCACGUCGCGAGCGCGAUACCCUCAUUGCAACACGUCGGCUUCGCGCAAAUCCCGCCAAAAGCUGACAUUUUGGACGGGGGGCAAGGUGUCUGUGGCUGGUACGAGGACGUGUACGAUGCGGAACUUUUGGCGGGGGAUGGACAGGCUCAAUGGUGGUGCGUGGCUGAGGGCGCGCAGGGGCGCCAAUUAGAGGUCGUUCCGAUACGGGCGGUUCAAGACUCGUGGUGCGCGUCGAUAGCUGCCGGGAAAUAG